AUGCUUUGUUCAAUCAAGAAGACCACCUCCGCCUUCUCAUUCUUACCUGUAUGGAUGCCCACACUCAUCAAGAUUGUCAACUACACGACCGAUAGCAAGGCCCAGAACCGGCUCAAGACAAAGGUGAAGGGUGUACUUGAAGAGGCGGCGGUCAACGAGAUGGCCCUCCCACCACACAAGCGUUGGCCACACGGGGUCCCCGAACCAGGCCUCGUCGACAUCAAGGUCAAAUUCUCAACCGAAACCGAAUACCGCGCCACACUCAAGCCCGGAGAAUGGGAGGACGAGACUGUGGAAGUCAUGCCUGGAUUUGUGUAG